AGGCCACUGUGGACCUUGGUGUUCUCAUGGUUUAUAUCUGAAAUGCCUGAAAUUGUGGGCAUUUUGAGCUAUCCUAUCGGGAAAGCCAUUGGGUCGAUCUCGAAAUAUGGAGUUCUCAUAAUACCGGUAGCGAUGACAACAUAUGAAGAUGAUGCAGGACCUGUAGCAACUGAGUAUUUCACUUGAAAGCAGAUAUGGCAGGAGGCAGUCAUUGAUUUUCAUGAGAGAAUUACAAUAGAUACACAUAAUAUUGUGUACAAUGGAGAAUGCCACGAAAACCUCAUUCCAUUUGCAGGAAGAGAGCACUUCUUUUUCAUCCAGAAGUAAGGAUGUGUUUGGAAGUUUGGAUGUACUAGAGAAAAAACAUGAUGCAAAGCAAAAAGAGCUAGAUGAUCAGCCAGACUCCAGGAGAGAACAAAAACAACUGUGGAAAACUGAUCCAGAUGAAGAGAGCAUCACGGGAAGGAAUUCUCAUUUUAAGCGGCCUUCCAGUCGGCCUCCAUCUCAUAGAGGAUCUAAGUAUCGUCGUCUGGCCAAUCAAAGCCCGGAUUUCAAGGUGCAUCCAAACAAGUGGACCAAGUACAGCCUGGAGGAUGUAGCGUCUGGGGACCUGAGCGAAUCCUCAAAUACCAGAGCAGCCUUUGCUUUCCUAGAAGAAAGGCGCAAACUGAGAGAAGCGGCAGAAAAGAUAGAUCAUCCUGAAGAUGAAGGUGGAGAUGGAAAAUUUGUCUUUAAAAAGCCAUCAAAAGCAUCUGUUGGAGUAAAUAUGUUUUCCUCAAGGAAAUCCAAGAGUUCUAAAGCUGAUAAAGUAAACAUUAAACAUCUAGGGGUAGAGGAGGUUAAUGAGGAGGCCGAUGAUGUUAGAGUGAAGAAGGAGUCUGAUGGUGACAUUUCCACCAAACAUGUGGAAGUAGAUUCUUCAGAUAAAGAAACCUCGCUGUCUAGCUUUAGGAAGAGCUCAAAGAAACGCAGCAUUCGUGCAAGGAAUGUUGAUGACGAUUCUUGAAAAGCGAAGUGGCAUUUUAUCUGCAAACAGCUUUUUGGUUUGCUUAUAUGCACAGGAUGUACAUACACAGAUCUAAUUCUGCACAGCAGUUUAACACAUUGUUCUGCUUCUCAAGCUCUUUGUUACUGUUCGUGUAUGUGGAGGCAUACAGCAGAGGAACGUCCAUUGUCAAUAUACCCCAUUGUGAUUGCAGUUAAAACUCGAAAGCUGUUAUAAGCAAUAAUAAUAUAAAUUUUA